UUGAAGCUAACCUGAUAUACGCUGCAGCACUGACAGGUCAGGAGUUUACUUCUCAACGCUUGAUCUGCUAUAAGACCCAACGCCAGCCUUUACUCUCUGACAACAGCCGCAGAAGUAUCGCCUGGAUGUUAACAGUAAAGCAUGGCUGUGUUUGAGAACUGCUCCAUCCUGUUGGAGCUGAAAACUUUGCCCUACAAGGAGAAGAAGAAGCUGCAAUCAGCAAUAACAGAGAAUGGAGGCCACAUUUCCUUUGUGGUCAAUAAACAGUGCUCUCUGAUAGUGACCAGUGAUGUAUCCAACCUGAGCUCCAACAGGCUGCGCAGCAUCCAGAAAUACCAAACGCCCGUGGUCGGGGUGGAUUAUGUGCACAGCUGUGAGGAGAGGGGAUAUCUUCUGCCUGUGGAUCAGUACAAGUUGGAUACUUCCUCUUCAUAUCCUUCUUUUUCGCCUCCUCUUCCUCUCUCCUCAUCGAAGCCACUCUCACAGCAAGCUUCUGAAGUGCCAACAAGCAAAGCAGCUGUGAAUAAGCCAUCCAGGGGCCCAGCCAAGCCUGUAAACUCUGUCAGUGUGAUUCAGAAGGCAGAGACUCCGGGGGGAAAUGGAAACAUCCUGGAAAAGUUCAGAAUUUAUACUGAAAAUGAUUCUGAUAUUCCAACGUAUCCGGAUAAUUUCAAAGUGGCCAAGUAUUCCAUCUUUGAAAAGGCAAACAGCAACACUUGGUGUGUGCUGGAGCUGCAGAGUUGCAAAGGAGAGGAAGGAUGGCAGUACCGUGUGGUCAAGUACUGGAAGGACGAUAUACUGUCCAAGAAGGUGGCGAAAAAGGAUGCGAUGGUGUUCUUGUCCACCUCAGAGGACGCUCUGGAGGUGUACAAGACCCUGAGAGAGACCCUGCAGGCUGCUGGUCUGCAGCUGAGGAUCAAAAUCCCUCCACAGGCAGUGGACCUGGGCUCCGCCCCCCUCCAGCAGCUGCUGCUGGAGGAGAAGCUGAACACAGGAAGCUUAUCACAAGAGGUGGGCGUAUUUGUGGAGCUGCUGUGGACCGAGGCUCUGGGCUGCCUCGGCAACAUCCUCAGAGUUCCGAUCAAUAAGCUCAGCCUCAAUGAUGUGAGCAGGGUCGAGGGCUUGUUGCUUCAGGCUCAGAGGAAGCUGAAGGAGGCAGAUCAGACUGAGGUGGCGUCUCUUUUUGACGAGAUUUACACCCUGCUGCCGCAUGUAACGCCCCACCACUCCCCUCCCUCUGCCAAGCUCAUCUCUCAGAAACUGGACCUCUGUCAGUUAAUCCGAGAUGUUCUGAACGUGACUGAGAUGACACUGAGAACCCCGGUGCUUUCCUCUCUGGGGAAGUACCGCGCUCUGAGGUGCAGCAUCGAGAGCGUUCCCCAAGGCACCUCCGAGUUUCAGGCUUUGACCUCUCUGCUGCAGAGCAGGUUCUAUGAGGUGCAGGUCCGACAGGUUCUGCGUGUCACCAGAGGGGUGGAGCUUCAGACGUUUAAGAGUGAGGUGGGAAACGUUAAGUCCCUCUUCCAUUGCUCCAGCCCCAGCAACUUUGUGGGACUCUUGUCGCGUGGCCUGCUGCUACCCCGUGUCGGAGUGGAGUAUCAUGGGAUUGAGAGAACAGACAUGGGUAAUCUGGGGAGUGGAAUCUACUUCAGUGAUGCUGUGAGCACCAGUUUGCAAUACUCCAAGCCCAGUGAGACCGAUGGCUCCCGGCUGAUGUUGGUGUGUGAUGUGGCGCUGGGACGGUGCAAGGACGUCUACAAGAGAGACCUCACACUGACGCAGGCUCCUGAGGGACACGACAGCGUGCACGGGGUGCGCCGCACCCGUCACAUUAAGUCUGACUUUCAGGAUGACGAGUAUGUGGUGUACAGUCCUGAUCAGGUCCAACUGAAGUACGUGGUUCAGUUCACCAUGAAGAAGGACCAACUGAAGGAGUUCAGUCCUGCCAUCGACACCUCAGCUGAGCUGUUGCAGCCCCUAAAGACAAAUGCUCAGGAGUCGUUGGAGGAUGAUGGGAUUGAAAACAUUAAAAACCCACUGGAUGAUGUGACGGUUGGACUGUUGGACAGCUCUGGUCAGCAGCUCCCUCUGCAGGGCGUCCACGUGAAGUGCAAACUGAGGGAUCUGCUCUCUCAGGUUGUCAUUUUCCAACAUUACACCAAUCUGAGCUCUGUGCCCAUUGAGGCAAAGUAUGUCUUCCCGUUGGAUGAUUCUGCAGCAGUGUGUGGAUUUGAAGCUUUCAUCAAUGGGAAACAUGUGGUGGGACAGGUAAAGGAGAAAGAGACGGCUCGCAAGGAGUACAAGCAGGCCAUUGCGAAAGGCCAUGGAGCCUACCUCAUGGACCAGGACGCCCCAGAUGUGUUCACCAUCAGUGUGGGAAAUCUGCCGCCCGCUGCAACUGUCCUCAUUAAAGUCACCUAUGUGUCCGAGCUGAUCGUCAGGGACGGGAGUAUUCACUUUUCUCUUCCUGGGAGCGUGGCUCCGUGGCAGCAGAGUGCAGCGCUCAACCAGACCACGCAGGUGUAUGUGGAGAAGGUGUGUGUGACUGACGAAGCAAGAGAGUUCACUCUGGACAUGUUUGUUGAGAUGCCCUAUGAGAUCACCAACCUGCAGUGUAUCACACACAAAAUCAAGAUGAAGAGAACAGAGUGUAAGGCGGUGGUGAGCGUACUGCCAGGACAGGUCCUGGGUCAAGAAGGUUUCCAGCUGUCAGUCACUAUGUCUGAGGUCCACCUGCCCAGGAUGUGGGUAGAGAAAAGCCAUGAUGAGGACACUCAGGCCUGCAUGUUGGUUUUCUAUCCAGACUUUAAAGUCGACUCCACAUCAGCAUCCGAUGAAGUCGUCCUGUUGCUGGACACGUCUGAGUCCAUGAACGGAGCACCUUUCAGCACGGCCCAGAGAAUCGCGCUGCAUGUCCUCAAAACCCUCAGCGACAACCUCAGAGUCAAUGUCAUUUUCUUCGGCACAGAUCACAGCGACGCUUUCCUGACAGCGCAGCCACUCACUGAAGCUCGUAAGGACGCCAAGAACUUCAUCAAGUCCUCUACUCCACUAGGGGGCAGCACUGAGCUGUGGCGGCCACUGCGAGCUCUCAGCCUGCUGCCUCCGUCCCGCGGCACCAGGAACCUGCUGUUGCUGUCGGACGGUCACAUCCAGAACACAGAGCUCACCCUGCAGCUGCUCAGAGACAACGUUCAGCACAGCCGCCUCUUCACCUGCGGCCUCAGCUCGACAGCCAAUCGGCACAUGCUCAGAAUCCUGGCUCAGGCAGGGGGCGGAGCCUAUGAAUUCUUCGACACUAAAACCAAACACAACUGGACAGAAAAGGUGGUCCGGCAGGUGAAGCGUAUGGCGUCUCCUGGCUGCAGUUCAGUGUCAGUGAAGUGGCAGCAGUUCAACCCAACAGCGCCCUCUCCUGUGCAAGCCCCCAAGCAGCUCCAUGCUCUGUUCAAUGACUGUCACACCCUGGUGUAUGGCUUUGUGCCUCACUGCACUCAGGCCACCCUCCAUGGAAACCUCAGUGGUCAGGAGCUCAAAACGAUGGUGUCAACCAGUGAGCUGCAGAAGUCCAGGGGCACACUUCUUCACAAGCUCACAGCAAGGGCCAUCAUCAGGGAUUACGAAGACGGAAGCCUGGAUACCAAUGAAGCCGAACACGAGGGGAAGAAAGCAGAGUUGAAGCGCUUCAUCAUCGAGUUAAGCAAAGAGCACUCCAUCCUGUCUCAGUUCACCAGCUUCGUGGCCAUCGAGGAGAGGGACGAGGUAUCAACCAAGGAGGGCGUCAUGGACAUCCCCAACUUGAUCUUGGAGGAAGAUGUGGACUUCCUCCCCUACAUCAGCUGGAUUUCUCCUGAGGAUCGCGAAGAGGAAGAGCGUGUUCUUAUGGAUGUGUGUGGGUCUGAGUCUGAGUGUGAAGAUAUGGAUAUGAGUUUGAGUCUUAACCUUAUUUCUUAUGAUGCGUGUGAGCCCGAGUCUGAGUCUGUGGAUGAUGUGGGUUUCGGUCUUUUUUCUCCUGUGAGGGCUAACGAAGAGUGUGAAGAUGAGGAUCUUGGUCUUGCUUCUCCUACGAGGAAAGAGGGAUUGGAUGAUGAUGAUGAUGAGUCUGCAAGUGAGGAUGAUGAUGAGGAUUGGUCUUCAGACGAAGGAAUGGACCAAUAUGUUAUGCAAGGACUGGAAAAGAAAUCAGCCUCUCCACAGUAUUCACCCACGAGUGCCCGUUCCUCAGCUAUGGUACAGCCUCAGCAAUAUGCAAGGGUCAUUCACAGAAGCAUGCCUGAAAAAGCGACCAAACUAAUGAGGCUCAAGGACACAAGUUCCGUGGAAGUGGCAGAGUGUCUUUCUGUACAAGACAGAUUUGAUGAGUCUCCCGUCAAGGAAGUUUCCCAACCCCUACCUCCUCCAUUCAGAGUUUCACGUAUGCAAGCCAAGGGCCUCGACUCUCUUUCUUUUGGCUUACCCAUUAAGUUGAAAAGUAGCCUCCGUGAAGAGUGUAGAGGAACACCACCUCCUCCUCCUCCAGGAGGAGAUGGGCAAUAUAUACCCUGGAGCUUAGUGGUUCCUGCUCCUCCUCCACAUGCUCCUCUUCUUCCAAGUCCUCAUCCUCCUCCAGGAGGAGGUGGGCAAUAUAUACCCUGUAGCUUAGUGGUUCCUGCUCCUCCUCCACAUGCUCCUCUUCUUCCAAGUCCUCAUCCUCCUCCUGGAGCCCUGGGAGCAGACAGUUUAGGGAACCUAGCGAUACCUAGGGCACUUGGCCUCUCCCUUGCAUCUGAUAUUGACUUGCAAAGCACACCUCAGUUGGCUUCUCAGGCUUUAGUGCAUCAGAUGGCCAUUGAGUCUGGUGGCACAGAAGAGAGUUCAUCUGAUCUUCUGGGAAUGUUUGAAGGAUUUGGGGAGAAAAUCCUGACUGAAUCUGCGACAGAAGUACAGCCCAUACUUCUUGAAUGUAGACCCAGAACCACGAGUGGGAUGGGGGAAAUUGGUUUUGGAGCUUCAGUACAGUCAGGUUUCAGUUUUGGGGGCUCUCUGCCUCCAGUCCAGCCCCUUGCUCAGAAUAUUGGUGCAAUAGGAGGACCUUAUGAAGUUACUAAAGCACAACAACAGUUAGGUUUCAGUUUUGGGAGCUCUCUGCCUCAAGCCCAAUCCCUUGCUCAGAACAUUGGCAUAACAGGAGGACCUUUUGGAGGUACUGCAGCUCAACAACAGUCAGAUGUCAGUUCCAGGGGCUCUCUUUCUCAACUCCUCUCCCUUGCUGAGAAAAUUAAAACAAAAAGAGGACCUUUUGGAGGUACUGCAGCUCAACAGUCAGAUGCCAGUUUCGGGGGCUCUCUGCCUCAAGCCCAAGUCCGUCAAGAAACUCUUCAAAUCUCAGGUAGUGGUCCAAUUGCAUAUGGAGCAUUUGGUCUAAACUCAUUGCCUGAAGCAGAUGGUCCACCAGCAGGUUUUUAUUGUUCCACUGAAGAGGGUCAAGGUGCACCUAUACCUCUUUUGAAGAAGAAGAGAAUUUGUGCAGUACGAUCAAUCGAUGAGAAGACUUUAGGCAAGAGACUCCCUCAUGGUCCAUCUCCAGUUCCACAGGGCGUACCAAUGGAGAUCUUGGACAGUGAAACAUCGGUGAGAAGAGUGAGAAGACUAGUGCGCAGUUGUUACAGGGAAAUGGCAGAAGUUCCUAAAGAGCAGGAGAUCAAGUGGAAAGAGAUCUUCGAGAUGCAGCAUUCAGAGGGCUACUGGGAAUUAACCCCAGAACUGGGUGAACUCAUGAAUCUCGACGUGGACCUCUUUGCCAACGUGUUCCUGAAAAGCAAGGGCAUCCAGUCUCUAGGUGUGAAGGCCCACGCAGACAUCCUGAGGCUGGUGGCAACUCUUCUGGUUCUGCAGAUGAUGAGGGAGAAGAAGCUGGAGGAGGGCAAACUGCUCCGCACCCUCUUCAGCCUGGACGACUCCACUCAGCCCAGGCCUGAGCGGUGGGAGGCGGUGAAAAGGGCAGUGGACUGGGUUUGCUGGGCUGACCGCCAGUACCCGUGUGUCUACAGCCGGCUGGAGUUUGGUUGGAGCUGGGAAUCCUCCACCCGUCAGCUGCUGGGCUACGAAGUCCUUCCUUCCUACUCACCUCUCUGUGGUCUGAACCUGCAGAGGGCACAUUAAGCGGAAUGGGGAAGACAGAGGGGAUGACAUGCAGCAAACGGCCGCAGGUACAAAUCGAUCCUGGGUCGCUGCGGCAAGGACACAGCCUUUGUUAAUGGGGCACCUGCUCUACGAGGUGAGCGCCUGGACGCCCCCUCCGUGGUUAUUUUUAACAAGUGAAAUUGUUCCUUGAGUUUCCUGUAUAUAUAAUGAGAGAGAAGCUAUUGCUACAAAUGUCUGGUCAACUAAUGUCUGGUGGUGAUGUGCCUUAAUGCUGCUUUACUACCAGAAGGUAAACUUCAGCAAGAUUAUGAAUUACUAAAGAACUGUUAGUCCUCGAGCUUCUCUAAAGUUAACAGACAAAGAUAACAUAAAAAAUUUACUUUAAUACCAAAUAAGGUAAAAAUAGAUAUGUGUUCUGGGUUUGUCACACCACAGAACAAUGUGUUAUCAACCUCCCAGACAAAUUUGAAUGACUAGAAUUUCCUGAGUGUAAAAAUUAGGUUUCAGAAUCAUGAAAAAAUUGCAGUAGUCUCUGUACUGAAACACUGGGGGUGUGUCCACUGAAGGCCAGUUUUAUCUGCCCAAUAUGGCAGCGACAUCGGCAGCAAUAAGCCAAAGCAGUACAUGCAGUGUGACAAAAUGACAAAGCAGCGUUCUGAGUAAGUUAUUAAAAGGAAACUGUGGGGAUUUUCAACCAGCUCUGUGUCACUGCAGCAAAUGAACAGUGUUUGGUUCAACCUACCUCCGUGCUGCAGCAUCUGAAGCUCCCCGGUCUCUUGGCAGGGGUCUGCCAAAUGAUGUAAAACCUCCGCUGGUGGGUAGGUGAGCCAGGGGAGCUCUGUGUGCUGUAGCACAGAGGGAGGGUUGACAUACGACUGGUUGGAAAUUGGGAACGUUUUCCUUUCCCCUCCAAGUUUUCUUACUAUUAAACAGUCUAACCCCAAAAUGCAGCGUUAUACAAUUCAGUCUUUUCACAUGUUUUCCAACAUGUAAAAAUGUUUUUCGAAACAAAUCUUUAAUUUUACUUUACCCAGACUUUAGAUACAGUGUUCAUAAAUAGAGCCCACACUUUUGACUGGCAGCUUCGUCGUCAUUAGGGGACAGUUAGGAAAAUGCCGACUAUGUCAGAAUGAACUGUUCAUUCAUUCAUGCAUUAUCCAUGACCACUAAUGCUGUUCAGGGUUGCGGUGGGGCUGGAGCCUAUUCCAGCUGACACUGGGUGAGAGGCGGGGAAUCACAGAGCUGUAAAUGAAUACCUAUAGAAGCACUGUUUAUCCAGGAGCUUUUUGUUAUUUCAGCAACUGUACCAAUUUCGUCCCAGUUCUUGAUACCCAUCCCUAGCUGAUGAGUUAAAAUGCCCUUAAAUGUCCAUAUACAGCUGGCACUCUGUGGUAACCUAACUUUUUAAACUAUAUAGAAAUAAAGUAAUGCAGUUUCCUUAAUUAGGGUAGGGGAUUUGAUAGUUUUCUCCUCGGGGAAAACCAAUUUCCUGGCUAUAUAUACUGAUAAUCGUGUUUCUAAUUAUCUUUUUACAUGUGCGCAUGUCUAUGACAAAGCCUUCAGACAGGGAAAGUAUCACUGUGAGAGCAGAGCAGCAGGAACAAAAGGAAAGGUCGUGGUGAGAAGCAGUGGCGUCAGAGAGCUCAAAAUAAUCCGGUCCAAAAUUAGAUUAAAACUGACGCUCACACAGCAGAAGUCUGCUUCCUCUGAACUUCUGACCCUUUGAAUUUAAACGCAGUUUUCCUCCCAGGGUCUCACACACGGACAUACAGGCAAAAAUAAAUAAGAUUCCUUGUUGAGUGCAUGUGUUGUUUGCUUUAAAGGUGCUGUACUAAUGGACGUGCCUUGCCUUAUAUCUAUAUGUCACUGCCUUUCAGCACCUUUGAUUACUUUAUUGUAGCUAUAAGUUCAAAAUGAAGAAAGUAUGACCAGACUUGUAAUGAGUAAAUAUGGAAGGAAACAGUUUAUAGGUGGUGAUUUCAAAUCAUGUGAAAUCCACAGUCGCUGUGUGUCAGUUGUGUGAACCCGAAGUGUCAAUGAGAACAAUGAUAAGUAUCUGCAUACUAUCACGUAAGAUAUAACUAGCUCAUGCAAUGGCAAGUCUUUUAUCAAAUUAUUUUAUAUCUUUCUGAUGUUGGCUGGUCACAAUUUGUUUAAAUCUUUUCUCAGCAUAAUCACCUGGAACAUACUGUAUGUGCAUGAGAUGUGCUUUUAGAAAAUACAGCUGUUGAACCUGAACAUAUUGCUGUUUCAAGAACUGGUUCACCACUUCUCUAUUUUUUUUUUCCUCACGCUGCUUCAGUUGUUUUUCCUGUAAAAACCACUAUAAUGUGUAAAAACCGACAGCAGACAGAGCCUGUCAGAGAGAGAGAAAAAAAAUACAGAAGCUAAUUACACACAACAGAUUUGAACUAUCAGGGCCUGUGUCCACAUAGCGUUUAUUUCUUGGCACUGGUGUCUUUUUCACUCGUUACUAAUGAGGAGAGAGCAUAUGCAGCGGCCUAGCGCCUGUCCGUUCUUUGUUUUGUUUUGGGGGGUUUUUUGUGCGUCCACUCUAAAUGCUUCUAUUUGAAAAUCUGUGAACUUUUCAGAGAGGCACUGGCGAUGUCACCGAUGCUUCUUUAGCGAGGCUACUAUCACUACAAAGGCAGAAAAGCCCAUUUGUGGGAGCAGAUCAGCUGGUGAACACUGAAUGUUUCUGAUGGUUAAUGUUCUUUUAUCACCGUAUGUGUGUACCUGUGUAUGUAACUGUGUAGUCAACCAUCAGUUAAGGUAGCGUUAUGUAAGCUGCCUAGCUAACGAUUAUACAAUAAUAUUUGACCUUAUACUUAAUUAUGUUUAACUUGGACCUGUUGUCCUCGUCCGUGGACACUUUUUGUGCCAUCUCGUGUAGUAAGAGCACAAUUCACUAAUCCAUGUAAAAACAAGAUGGAAGCCAUCUCUGCCAAGUCAGGCUGCAGCUCAUCCCGACACAAAAGUGAACAAGGUCCAAAUCCUGAUCAGAUUUUGAGAUUGAAACUUGUUUAUUUAAUAGUAGUAGUAGUAUAGUUUGAUAUGGCAACAAAUUUGACUGAUUUUAGCAACAGUAACAAGAUAAGAUACUGAUAAUUAGGAAGUACUCAUUUGAAGACACUGGGACUUUAUUAUCGUUUAUACUUAUCAAGUCCUACUGAUCCCAAAGAGCUAGGAGAAAUCAAAAAUGCAUAACAAACAAGAGUUUGGGUCUCAGGAGGAUAUAAACAAAACCCACGUGCAGGGCUUCAUUAAAAAAAAGUCCUGUGACCACUUUUGUGCCAAAGAAAAACGCUAUGUGGACACACGGCCUUAGGUUGCUUUCUAUAUCAGGUGUCACAUGUUUUUGUUAUGGUGGAAAGUAUAUUGUUUUUGCGUGUGUGUGUAUAAUCAUGAACAGAAUUAAAAUCUUUAAAAAUGUUA